AACCAAGACUUAUAUAAAGUACUAUAGACUUAUAUAUUCCUGUAUACAAUUAUCACGUAAAUUCUGUAAAGAAGUUAAUUUAAUUUAUAACAGAAAGACAACUACUCACUGUUCAAAAUUCAUUGUUUAAAACCACUGGUUGUUUCUUCUUUCUUUCCCACUGGUGCCCUCGUGUCUCGUGUCAUGUCCAAGAAGUACCAGAAAAAAUAUAUAAUAAACGUCAAAAAUAAUGACAUUUAGGUGAGAUGUUGUACGUUGUACCGUACGUUUUGCUUUUGAAUUAAUUAACAUUGAAAAAACUAAUCAGUAUACAAGUCCACAGGUCACAAAUAAAAUAAUUUGGAGAUCCUUUAUUAGGUGGUAGUUGUGCAUAUAGUGUGUAUGGAAUUUUGACUGAUUAAGAGUAAUCAUGGGACUCGUUAGUUGUUUAGGCAAAACUAUAUUGUUUAAUGUUAUUCUAGUCUUGUUAGUAUUAUAUCUACCUAAUAUACCACCUGAUGCAGAAUUUACACAGUCUGUAAAAUUACCUAAACCUAGAGCUCUUGAAGGUACAUUAGCACUCAACGAAAAGUUACAAAAUGCAGAGAUCUUACACAAAGGGAAAUUCGUAGGCCCUGAAACUUUUGCUGAUUUCAAUGGAGAAUUAUACACUGGUGUGCACGGGGGCAGUAUAGUCAAACUUGUGGGCGAUAAAGUUGUACCUGUCGCUAAAACUGGCAAAACUUGCAAAGGUUACUAUGAAGAAGAAAUUUGCGGCCGUCCGUUGGGUAUGGAAUUUAACAAAAAUGGUGAUUUGAUUGUUGCUGAUGCGUACUAUGGCAUCCUUAAAGUAAACGUUAAAACAGGUACCAAGGAAGUAUUGGUGUCUCCUGAUACAAAAAUUAACGGUAAAAAGCCACACCUAUUUAACAGUGUUUCAGUGGCAAGUAAUGGGGAUAUUUAUUGGUCCGAUUCUUCCACCAAAUUUCCAUUGUACGAUUUAGUUUUUGAUGUUUUGUCGCAUCCUUCAGGAAGAUUAGUCCAUUACGAUGCUAAAACAAAAACCAACAAGGUACUCAUCGACAAUAUACAUUUUGCAAAUGGUGUUGUCCUUUCGGAAAACGAAGACUUCGUUUUAGUUGCUGAAUCUGUCCGUGCCAGAAUACAUCGGUACUAUUUGAAAGGUCCAAAGAAAGGAACUCACGAUAUAUUCAUUGACGCUUUACCAGGUAUACCAGAUAAUUUAGAGAAGGACGGAAGAGGUGGAUUUUUAGCAUCCCUAAUUGAAAACAACGAUGAAGAAAACCCAGCUCCAUUGUUCCUGGUGUCCCGGUUUCCUCUUGCCAGAAAAUUCAUUUGCAGAGUCUUUGGCAUCGCCCAGCUUGCUUUUGAAACUUUGGAUAGAUACUAUCCCAAUGAAUUUGCUCAAAAGGCUGUACAUUAUGUUGGUCACUACAAUUCUAUAGCUGGAAAAUUACCUUCUAAGCGUGCAACUGUUCUUCGUCUUUCUAAUAAUGGAGAAAUAGUUGAAGCUCUCCACACAAGUAAUAAAAAUGUGUACCUGAUGUCUGAAGCUUAUCCCUUUAAGGAUCACUUGUAUUUAGGAAGCCCUGGAAAUGAUUUUAUUGCUAGAGUUCCUUUCGAGUCCAUGGGUUGGCCAAAAGCGAAAACUGUUGCCGAACCUAAAGUAGAAACUAAGCAAGUGCCAAAGCAGGAAGAAGCACCUAAAGUAAGAACUACGUCACCUCCACCCGUAAAACAACAAACUACUACCACCACCACUGCCAAACCACCAACUAAACAGACAGAAGCCCCUAAAGUGAAAACCACUCCUCCCCCACCUGUGAAACAACAAACCACAACUCCUCCACCAAAACCGACUACCACUACAAAACCUCCAACACCGCAACCCACUCAAGCUCCAAAAGUAAAGCCCACUCAAGCUCCUAAACCUCAAACUACAACACCAAAACCUCAAGCUACUCAAGCACCUAAAGCACAACCAACAAAAGCACCUACACAACAAACAACCCAAGUUCCCAAAGCGCAACCCACGCAAGCUCCAAUAAAGGACAGUAAGCCACCACCUACACAACAACAGACCACUCCUCCUUCUCAGAAAACUACUCCACCAACCAAGCAACAGGCUCAGCCGCCAAAACAACAAACACCUCCUGUUGAAACCAAAAAAAGUGAAGGUACUAAGGCGGUACCAUUAAAAGAACCCAAAAUUAAAAAUUAAAAGAGUUAUGUAUUAUUUUCGUCAAGGUUGUGGAUGUGAGAGGCUAACAAGCAACAUUUUACAAUAGUUCAAUAAAUUAAAAAUAUGUACCUUUAUAAUUAUCUGAAAAAAUAACUAAUUAUCGACUAUGUGCAAUAAUAUUUACUAAAAUAAACAUCUUUUUAUUUAUAAUAAAUAUUUUAUCCGAAUUAGGUAAACAACGAUGAAAUUUAUGAAAAUAUUGUAAAAAGAUGCUUGUGUAUCAGAAGAGUAAGUUUUCUUGUAAUAAAUGUAUGUACCAAAAGUUGGAUCAUUAUUAUCCCACCUCCGCUCAAAUUCAAAUAGUGUCACAACUAAAAAAAAAAUAAAAACUGUUUUAUUGCGCCAACAGUUUAAUAAAACUACAAACUCUUGUCUCAAAAAGUGUUACGUUUAUAGUUCAACUAUUUGUCGUUAAGGUACGAUUCCGACAUCGACAGCAGACGGCAGUUACACGUAUUUACUUUGCACUAUUAAUUUGUAUAAUUAUUUGCAACUGACGUUCUGCCGGACAGCAAUUGCAGUUAGAUGUCGGAAUCAGUCUCAUACAAAUUAAUAGUGCAAAGUAGUGACGUCUGUCAUGGCGACAACUGCAACUGCCGUCGAUGUCGGAAUCGUACCUUUAGAUAACACUAGAGUCAUUAUAUGAUUAACCAAAAUCAACGGUGCACCGAACAUAAACAGUGUCACAUAUCGACUUGUGCACGGCAUUUGUCCAUUUAAGAUGUAUAUAAAGCGGCGUUUGUCUAAUUAAGACAGUAUAUGUGAUUACUUUAUUCAAAACAAUCUGCGUAUGUGCUCAAGAAAAGUGACACAUUUAUCACUUAUUUAUCUUUCUUUUUGCAGUAUUUUUUGUUUAAUGCUGUUACUUAUAUUUAAAGUUACAUCAUUAAAAAGUAUGUUAACCAGAUUAUAAUAAUGAUGAUUAUUAUAUUCUGUAUUGCAAGACCCACUUUUGAUAAAUAAUGUUUCGUACAUUUUUCGUUAUUUUAUCUGUAUAGUGUCACAACUCAAACAAAUAUAUUUUUUUAAUAUAUUAUUUGCACAAUUAAUACACUAUUUUGUAGAGCUUCAUAAACCUUUGUAACUGACUAAAAUAGUUAUUAUAUUAAUUUUAACAGUUUUUGAAUUAAACCCGGAAAAUUUCUAGCACAAAUUUUAAACGUUUUCUCGAUAUUUUGCUUUUUUGACUUAUGACACUGAGCGGAGGUGCGUUAUCAUUCUACAAAUUUGUUUUAAUUUUAAAACACAGCCAUAUCACAGCCUAUUUUUUGAAAACCAUUACACGGUAGAAUGCGUUUAUUCACAGCAUCCGGCUACGCGAAUGUGUUUUUGUUUUACAAGCUUGUCAAUCAUGCAGUGACGUAACUGCAAAGUUUUAUUUGUUGUUAACUGUAACCGUGGCAUUGUGUCAUUUCUAAAGUUCAAACCAAACCCUCUGGCAGUUGCCAAAAUAUUAUUAUUUAAAAUAUUUUAAUGCAAAAUAAAUAAAUAUAAAAUAAAAUGUUCACUAUACAAUGUCGGAAAAUACUAACCUAGAAUAACAAUUGUAAUUUUACCCGUUGACAAUGUGAAAGUACUGUCACGAUCGAGUACUUUUGCGUCAAAUUAUCUUUAUUCGCAUCAUUAAUUAGUUAUCUAUUUAGCGUAUUCUAUACGUCAACCACUUAUGCAUCCAUAAGUAGAAGUUGCUUUAAUAUGCAACAACAAUAAUACUCACGAACGUACCUUUUUUUCUGUCACUUCUAACUUUCGCGAGAAUUCGAUAAACUAUGACGCACUGAAAGAAGGGUUUGGUACGAACAAUACUUUACCGUGUUUGGAAUUUGCCUGUCUGUAUAAUAUUCUCUACUAUAAUAGCCAUGUUGCCAAGUAGUAUGUUGGCUUACAGCCAACCUUAUGCACCUAUUCUUUGUGUAAGCUUGGGAAUCUCUUAACACAUUGCGUGCCACGCCUUAAUCGGAAUAAUACUCUCGGGGGCCACGGCAAUGAACGUACGUGUAUAUCAAAAAUGAGCGACGUGCCCCCUGACAGAACAUCAGUGUCUCUCAUAUAUGAGCGACGUGGCACGCAAUGUGUUAAGUUGAAUAGUACAGUAAAUAAUUCCUUUCUGUUUUUUAAAUUAAACUAUAAUUGUUUUAGAUCCUAGAACAUUUGUUACAGAUGUUUAUAUAGUAGAUGUUUUGUGUAAAAUCUUCCGUACUGAUACAAAGUACUAUGUACAACGAUGCGUAUUACGUUAUGUUUAUCACUUGGUCUUGGUGAAUUUUUCGUUAAAUCUUAAUAAAUAGUUUUUUCUCGGUAGUUUAAAAAAGCACAAGUCUGUAACUUGUUGGUUAUAUACAGCGCAGUUUUUUCACAAACCUCAAACAACUAAAAGAAAAUGUUAUUCACUGCAAUAUUGGAUAAAAAUAAGAUUUGCGGUAAAGUUUGUUUAGCAGAAAAUGGUUGACUUCAAAUGGUGCGGUCGUAAAUAUUAUUAAAUUUAUCUAACUUAGUCCAUUGUUAAGACCGGUCCGGAGCGAUAAGCGAACGAGGUAGCCAGAGAUGGUCUUUUGACAAUUAACACUGACUAGACGGUACUCCUAUAAUAAAGCAAAGGAUCCACAAAAUUUUUACCUGAAAUAUGUAAAUGAAACAUAUUUAAAUUUUACCUGAAACCGGGCCUUUUAUACUAUUAUCGGUUAACUCAGGAUGUUUUAAUUGAAGUCAACCAUUUACUGCUAAAUAAACUUUACUUAUUUUUACAAAGUACUUCCCCUUUUGAAAUACUACCCAAGAUAUUCUCAAAAUACGUCUAUACAGCUACGUUUCAAAUGUCUUAGCUUCUUAACUGAUGCCUCGAUCAAUGUGCAUACUGCACAUACCAUUCCUUCCUAUUCCUUUGUGUUUGGCAAUUGUUUUUGAUAUUAAGUAAUGAUAAAAAGUGUAGCAUAUCAUUUUUACCAAUUAUCUUUUUAUUUAAAACAAUUUUUAUAAAUAUGUAUACCAAUUGUUUGUGUUUUUGGUUAAUAUAUUGACUAAACUUCACAAUACGAACUCGAAUUGACAGAAUUGAAUUGAUCCGUUCGAUCUUAAGCUGGGCCAAAUAGAAAAAAAAAUGAAUACUUUACCUUGUGUUAGAUGAUCAGAACUGCUAAUGUAGUAACUAAAUUUUCACAUAAGAGUAGGACUAAAUGAUUACAAUUUAUAGUUCCUAGUUUAGUAGUAUUAAUACUCUCCUCAUCAUAUUGUAGUCAUACAUUUGAUGUUACUAAAAGCUAACAUUGCGUGGGUUUUUAAACCACCAAAAUAUUUCCUUUGAGUUAUUUGGUAGUAGCUUAACAGUAGAAUCUUGUCCAGAUUUGUCGGUUACUCUUUAAUCUAUGUAACUGUUUAAAUCUCUUAAAUGGAUAAGAAAACUUAUGUGUUCUAACCUAGUGGUAACGAAAACUUUCAUUAUGUAAGUACUAGCAUUCGCAAUUAUCAACGAUCUUAUUGUUCUAUCUUGAAAAUGUGCGUGCUAGAGAUUUCAUAUAGAUGUUUUGUUGUAUUCGCGAUGUGCAAGUACUUGGAGGGGAUACGAGAAACGAUCGUGCGCGAAUAGCGGAAAAAUGUUGCAACUUUCUUAAAUAAUUCAUCUUGUCAAUUGAAAUUGUCAAAUUGACGUAUAUUUCAUACCUACUGUCAUUGAAGAAGAAAAAUUAUAUGUUACUCCACAAUAUUGAUAUGAUAUGCAAUUAUUAUAUAAAAGUAAAUUUAUUAAUUGUAUUUUGCUUGCAGUACUGCAUUUUAAUAAUUUAAUUUUAUUUACUACAUACAAUUGUUUACCUUUUAAUAACAUAACCUAAAUCUUACUUUUUCUUCUUAUAAUUUUUUUGGGCUUCGGCCUUGACAAUUAAUUAUCCAGCAACCAGGACCAAUAUGAUUGGCCAAUAUAAUUAAAAGUGUGAAAAAAGUUGCCGAGCUAUGAAACCAGGUGUCGCUUUUCCGAACUUGCACGGUCCCAAUACUACUCUCUGGUCAUUGACAAAAUUUUUCAGUAGAAGAGGAGACCUCUUUCAAUCCAUAUAUUUUCUUCUACUUCAAGCAUUGCGAAAAGUGAAGAUUUUGAAAAGAAUUUUAUCGAUUUGUAUAUAAAGCAUUAGUUUCAUCUUUACAUGUAGUUCUUGCUCCACUGUGACACCUACAUAGGUGUAUAGUCUUAUCUGUGGAAGGUGUUGAUUUAUUAUACUAGUUUUUUGCUGUAAAAAGGCGAAAUAUGUUAUCUUUUUGUCAAGAAAGAUAUUUACUAUCGCCACCUUGUGAUUUAACUAAGAAAUAAUUUGAUAUAUACAUCCCCCUAGGGGGUGCGGCCCAAAAGAUCAACUGUCAUCAAGACGCCUAACUUCACGCGCAACUUUGAUACAUCCAAAAUGCAUAGGUACCAAGUUGGAUACGACGCUAUCAUAUUCACAGCAACUCGCGUACAUAAUAUUAAGAAAAAUUAAUAUAUAGAAUAUUAUAGAAUCUUAUUUAAUGAUGUAUCAAAGUUGCGCGUGAAGUUAGGCGUGUUGACAGUUGAGAUUUUGGGGGCAACCCCUGCAUAGGAAUCUUGUAGAUUAUAAGGUCAUUAUAAGUUGCCAGUAAAUAUACAUUAAACUUUGAUGUAGAUUCCACAAAUGUAUGUCAUUAGACUGACAUGCAAAAUCAGUAGUAACUCAUUCUUGUCUGAAACUAUUGUUUAUUCUAAUAAUUCCACAUAGCCUGUGAUUUAAUUUAUACUUUGUGAUUGUAUACAUAUAUCAUUCCACUUCUAGAUAAAUGCACACAUUCUCAAAUAUAGUUUAAAAAAUUGAACUAAAAGAAACGUACAUGCCAGAAUAUAAUAAUAUAUUAAUAAUAAUAUUGUUUUGUUUAAUAUCUAUAGAAUAUUUAUUUUUAACGUAUUUGAAUACAAUAACUUAUUCGCUCAUCCCGAAGAAAAGUGCCACAACGCAAAAAACAAUGUUGUUCUGCUAUUUCCUUGUGGCAUUUUUAUGAUUAACUAUUUAGACGGGAAAUAAGCCACAAUUAAAUUGAAAAAAUAAUUUUAUUAACGUUUCGACGCCCAAAUCGGGUGUCGUUGUUAAAAUACAAAAUACUACUGAAAAAAAAAACAACUUUUUUUUUCAGGGGAGACAAAUAUGGAUUUUUUAUAUCUUAAUUUAACUGUAAGUUUUAAACGGUAACUGCUAAAAUUUAUAAAUUAAAAACGAAGAAUAUGUAUAAUGUUUCUAAUUGUGUAAAAGGCAAAACAAAAAACUGCGAUAUCUGCUUUAACAAGGAAAAAAGGAUCAAAAUUUUAAGUUAUGUCACUUUUUUUUUAAAUAUUGGUAAUUUUUUUAAAAUUAAAGAAAAAUACAUAGGGCAUUUCUCGAAAUGCAACGGUUCUCGUGAUAGAUAACGACACGUUCACGUCGAACGUCAGAGAAUAACUGAAAAGUGUCAUUGUUGCGGAAUAAACAUACAUAUUCAUUUUACUGCCAAAUUUUCCACUUUUCCUGGUAAAAGUAUAGAAUUUUUGGAGUGAAUUUAACAAGAAACUGGAAUUAUGAGUUUUUUUAGUUGUGUCACUUUUCUUCCAGAUGAGGGUUAUGUUUUCAAAGACAACGUAGAACAUUUCUAGUAAAUAGGUAAUAAUAGUGUAUUUCAUUUGGAAUUUUUUGGUGCUUUUUUCGUAUUUAUAGGAAAAUAUUGUCUUUGAGUUGCAACUUUGUUAAGCAUACAUUACUAUUCACGACAUAUAUGUAAUUUUUUGGUGUAAAAUUGUUCGUAUUUUUUGUACUUUUUUAAACCAGUUAUUGUUGAAAAUAAACCAAGUUUUCAUAA